CCAACUGCAGCUGCACGGAGUAUAAAAUGAAAGAGAAGUUGCAUAUCUCCCCAUUUCACAGAGCCUGGGGCGGGGGAUAGUGGUGUCUGUGCAGCUUGUGAGAUCAGAAACCUUGGCUGCAGCGCAGGACCUCGGUGGAGAAAUCCCUGAGCAAGAACAUGAAGCUCCUUCCCCUGCUCACAGCUGCGUCCUGCCUCACGCCCCCGGGGCCCUCUCUCUUUGUACGGCAAGUGAUGAAGUUUUUUUUCCAGAUCACAUGAGCCAGGAUGAAGGGGGAAAAUCCUGCCAGGAGCAGAGAUGGGCUGCAACUUGAACCUGACCGAGGGGAGACACAGAGCAGUGCCUGGAGAGCUAUAUAAGAAUGUGCCAGGAACAGGAGCAAACACUUUCUCAGGUGAAGGACUCUCAUGAAUCAGCCAUGAAUGUGAAUGAAGACACUGAUUCCAGGAGGCUUGGAGCCACUAACAAAGUCGGCUUGUAUUUCAUCAUCGCCACCCUGGGUGUGCUGCUCGUCUUUGCCUUGGCCACCAUCAUGGUCCUGGUCGUCCAGAGGACGGAAGCUGAUCAUGUCAUGGAGGGCAUCAAAAAACCCAUCAGGACAGGUAACACUUUUGAAGACUAUUUGAGGAUCCUACAGAGAGUCCCAGGCAAUGGCAAUGGAACUGCUGCCUACAUGAGAGUGUCCAGCACAGUGAACAGCUCCAGGCUGAGCCUGGUGGAGAAGGGGAUCUGUGAGGCCAUCAAGUGCCAGAGCAAGGAGCUGGUGAUCAGGAAACAAGGCCUCUACUUGAUCUUCUGCAACUUGAACUUUCACUUUCCCAACUGCUCCAAGAGCCCCAUCGACCUGAAGAUUGAGCUCCUGGUGAACGACAGGGUGGACAGGCAGACAUUGUCCACGUUGUGUGCAUCAGAAACGUGCCAGGACAAGACUUUUAAGACCUUGCUCCAGCUGCACUUGACACACCUGAAAGAGAAUGACAAAAUAUCAGUGACACUGAACCAUCCUGAAUUCCUGAAUGAUAUUUCUCUUCCCAAUGAAAACGUUCUUGGGGUCUUGAGGUACAGCGAUGGAAUGUGAGCAGCUCCCUGACCUCCCACUGCUGCCCAGACCCUUCCUCUGAACACCAGCAGCCUGCUUUUACUAGGCACCACCUUGGUUUCAAUUUCACACCUCACCUCAUGCCUAGGGUGACCUUUGUGAGUGUCCCAGGAAAAAAAACACUGCAAGAGCCACAUCUGCCAGGUUCCCUGGCCUGGCUCGGGGUGGGAUUGUUGGACUAUCCAGCACAUAACCCACCAAAGGUUCCUCAAAAUAAUCUGUGCAAACACAGACUAAAACCCUGCCAGAUCAUGGCAAGAAUCCACAAUACAAAGAUUUUCAGGGUCAUAAACUGCUGGCACAGGACAUGGGAAAAUGUGUUUAACUCUAUUCUAAGAAGUAGUGUUUUAACCCAGUCUUUCCAAAAACCCAACAGGCAAAGCUUGUAGUCAAAGCUUUUCUCUACCGUGGGCACAAAAUGACAACUCUGGAGAAGAUUCAACAGAGAUGAAUGAUGAAAUUACAACAGCAGAAUGAUGAAAUUAUUGACUCUCGGGCUGGUAGCUGGAACUCUGGGGCAGGACAUGGGAGAUUUGGGAUUUACAGGAUAUUUCUGUGCUGCAUUCUGCUAUGGACUUUAUGUAGUUUCUUUCAAGUGUUUUCCUUGUCACUAUUUAUCCAUCUUUUCUAUUUAAAUAUAAAGCUCUUUGGGACAGAA